AUGGCCGCAAGAGUUUCUGGAUCGGGAUACGACGUGAUCGUUGUUGGUGGUGGUCCCAUUGGAUUAUCCGCUGCGUACCACUGCGCUGUAAAAGAGGGAAAAAAAGUAAUGGUCAUCGAACAGUACAAUUUUGGAAACACACAUGGAUCAAGCCCUGGCUUUGGUCGCCAAUUUCGUAUUUGCUACUCUGAGCUCUAUCUUUGCAAACUAGCUAUAGAGUCAAGUAAAGAAUGGGACGAACUCAUGAAAGACUUGAAUGACAACUCCCUUUUGGAAAGAACGGGCUGCCUUUGGUUUGGCGAUGCUACGGUCAAAAGCAGUGAAGGCAACAUUGACGAGGCUGUAAAAAACCUCAAGAUGCUAAGUCAACCAUACGAUUUGCUUGAAGGUAAAGAACAAAUUCAGAGCGAUGAGCGGUUUUCUUUUAUAUCGGACGCGGUUAACGAUAUGGAGAACCCAAAAGCUUUGUUUGUUAAAGAUGGAGGCCCAAUAAAUGUACCUGGCCUUAUUGAAGGACUUAACAGGAUGUUGAAAUCUUCAGGCAAUGCUGAUCUAAUCGAAAAUGCCUUUGUCAAGUGCAUUGAUUAUAGUCUGGAUGAUGAGGUUAGAGUGUGGAUUGGUCAGCAGCCACAGUACAUCCGCACUAAGAAAGUGAUCUUGACGCCUGGCACCUAUGUUAACCACGUCCUAUCAUCUCUUACGCCAACAUUAAAGGAGAGGAUAAACCUCACAAUCUAUCUAUGGAGCUCCAUCUAUUUCAAGAGCAAGGCGGUAUCACGAACUCUUUCCUCGGUGUCAGGUUCAUCGAAUAAAUGGCCUAUCUGGUAUUUCUUUGGUCAUCCGAAAGAGAACGAUUUAAACUGCUACUACGGUUUCCCAAGCGAAACAAAGCGGCCAAAUUACGCAAGAGUUGCUCCCGCAUUCACAUCAAAUGAGCGCUUUGACUUCCACCUUUAUCCUCCAGACGCUUGCAGCCGACCACUUGAUAAAGAUGCCCUUCAAUUCACCAGUGACUUUGUGAAGAAAUCAAUGCCUAGUCUGGAUCCCAAACUAACAAAUGAUGAGCCAUCAACAUGCGUCGCAGGCUUUGCUGAAUCCUGUAAGGAAGACGACAAUGGUGUCGGUUUUGUUCUGGAUUUUCUACCAGGAGAAAACAUUAAUGACCGCAUCGUCGUCUUUACUGGUGGAUGGGCUAUGAAGUUUGUUCCUGUCAUAGGAAAAAUACUUAAAGAUUUGGCGAUUAGAGGGAAAACAACGCCACUAUACAGCCAACUCAUUAAGCCAAUGCGUAUCGACCGAGGUGUUCUUUUGACAGAGAAUGCUAUCGCCAAUAUUAAAUCUCAGCAGCCAGUUAAAGGUAACAACUUGCAGAGAGCUGCCAUAUUUAACAAGAUUUGGUUGGCAGGCCCUCCUUAG